AUGCCCGCGUUCGUGUUUAGAGUAAGAUAUUGGGAGGCGAGGGUAAGAGAGGAGAGGGUAAAGGAGGAGAGGGUAAGGGAGGAGGCUAUCGAGUUAUUAUCCACCUCCUCUAUAUUCUCUAAGCUCUCUAAGUUCUCUAAACUCUCUAAACUCCCCGAGUUACUCCUAAAUAUAAGUUCUGAAUUAUUAAAUUUUGACCCAGCUCAUAAUAUGAGAAAUCACGAUUUUUACACUCAAAACGGUAUAUUUUACAUGACAGCCGCCACCUGGGUUGAGUGGCCUAUAAGCGCUACAUGUCAUGGGGCUAGCGGCCAGGAUCAAAAACUCGGCUUUGCUAAGUCUGCUAAGGCGGGUAGUUUACAAGAAAAGGUAUAA